GGGCCCCUUCCCUGUCCCGACAGAAUCACUAACCGCCAGAUCCAAGCUCCACGUGUUUCAAACCAAAUCAUUGCCAUCCACGUCUCUGUUUGAAAAAUCCCAGUCAGUGGUACAUAAAACCCCAUGUGGCUACCGCCCAUCCCAUCGCAGAAAAUCCAAUGGCCCAACUUCAAUGCUUUCACCUUACCCUUUUUAUUUAUCGACUUUAAUUUGUGUUGUCCAGUUGUUGCUUUAUCUUUUGAUUUCAUGCAGAAAAAAAAAAUGAAGGAGAAGAUACUAAAGCUUCAAUCUCCAUCAACCAAGGAUUCCCGGAGAAUGACCUCAGAUUACGGUGAACACAGCAGACUUACAGUCAUCAGAACAAAGAAUGCUCGCCGGAGGAGGUUGGAAAUUAGAAGAUUGAAGUGUACGUGUCAGACGAUGAUUAAUAUAACCAUCACAGAAAACAGCAACAACGGCGAUAAUGACAACAAUCUUCUUCACGGAUCAAAACCAAGCAACGGUUUAACUGAAAUAUCGCUUUCAUUGUCUUCUUCGUCAAAGCAAUCCUCGUCAGAGAAGAACGACAUCGUUUUGGCUUGUUUUGAAGAGAAAACUUGCAAGAAAAACGAUGAGGUGCAAACUUUAAUGAGCACGUCUCAUGGGUUACUAUCAGUUAUUGGUAGGAGAAGAGAAAUGGAAGAUGCAGUGAAAGUGGAGUUAGGGUUUUUGGUCAAAGGAAGGGAAAAGUUUGAUUUUUAUGGAGUCUAUGACGGGCACGGCGGGUCCAGGGUGGCAGAGGAGUGUAAAGAAAGGUUGCAUAAAAUGUUGGUGGAGGAAAUAGUAGAGGAUGACAAGGAAGGAAGUGGGAUUGAUUGGGGAAGAACGAUGGAGAGAUGUUUUGAGAAGAUGGAUGAAGAGGUGAACAGAGGGAGGUUGGGGGAGGAGAUGGUGGGGUCGACGGCGGUUGUGGCGGUGGUUGGUAAUGGAAAGUUAGUAGUGGCGAAUUGUGGGGAUUCCAGAGCUGUGCUAUGGAGGGAUGGUGUUGCUACGGCCUUGUCUUUUGAUCAUAAGCCCGACAGACCUGAUGAGUUGGAGAGAGUUGAAGCUGCUGGUGGUAGGGUCGUAAACUGGAAUGGACAUCGUGUGCUUGGUGUACUUGCCACUUCAAGAUCCAUAGGUGAUCGAUACCUUAAACCAUUUGUCAUAUGCAAGCCAGAAGUAACCGUAAGACAGCUAAUGAAUCGCGAUGAAUUCCUCAUACUAGCUAGUGAUGGCCUGUGGGAUGUCAUAUCGAAUGAGGACGCAUGUCGAGUAGUGAGGAGAUGUCUGAACGGCCAAAUAAGGAGGAAAUCCCUUAACAUUGUCAAUGAAAAUCGUGCUGCUGAAGCAGCAGCAGUGUUGGUUGAGCUUGCUAUUGCUCGGGGUAGCAAUGACAACAUUAGUGUGAUAGUAGUUGACUUAAGAAAAAUAUAGCACUCUUUUUGUAUUAGCAAACAUCAUGGAAUUAGAUACUCUUUGACAAUCCAAAGCUUCCCUGCACAUCACUCAACCUUGACCACUCCAUGCAGCAAAAAUUUGGCCCAACUCCAGCAGUAUGUGAAAGUAUGAGGUCCACGCUGUCAUCCUGAGGACCGGUUAUUGGGUGGAUGGUGGUUCAAGCCUGCUACUACGACGAGCUGAAUCUGGUCAUUUGAUAGUUUAGGCCCAUCAAAGAACAGACCUAGGUCAAGUGAUGGAAUUGGGAAAAAAAAACUUCCAUUCUGUUAUACCAGAGUAGGAAAAUCUGUUACCUAAUCUUAAUGGUAUGUGAUUGGUCAAAGAAAAUUAAAAAAAUCUUAAAUGGUAUGUGUAUAUAUUUCCUUUCUAAAGAGUUUAAGUUCAAAAUUUUCAAGUUCCCUACAUCAUUAUGCAUGACUAAAGGCUGUGCUGAACCAAUAAAGUCUAAUAAGUUAUCAUUGCCAAUUUUCAUUAUGAAACUUAUUCAUGAAUUGUAUCCAUGUAUAUAUGAAUGGUGAUG